GGAGCUGGGAGCCGCGGGCGGCGGGCGGCGGGCCGGGCUGCGCCAUGCGGGUGCACCUGGGCAUGCUGGCGGGCGCGGCGGCGCUGACCGGGGCGCUCAGCUUUGUGCUCCUGGCGGCCGCCAUCGCCACGGACUUCUGGUACAUCAUUGACACCGAGCGGCUGGAGCGGGGCGGCCCGGGGGCGCGGGGCCGGGCGGGGGCCGCCCUCAGUGAGCUCGAACCUCUGAGCUCGCACUCUGGCCUCUGGCGCACCUGCCGGGUCCAGAGCCCGUGCGUGCCGCUGAUGAACCCCUUCUGGCAGGAGAACGUGACCGUCAGCGACUCAAGCCGACAACUUCUCACCAUGCAUGGGACAUUUGUGAUUCUGCUGCCACUCAGCCUGAUCCUGAUGGUGUUUGGGGGGAUGAUGGGGUUUCUGAGCUUCCUCCUCCGAGUCUCCAUCCUCCUCCUGCUCACAGGGACCCUCUUCCUCUUUGGAGCCUUGCUGACCCUGGCUGGAAUCAGUGUCUACAUCGCGUACUCGGCGGCCGCCUUCCGGGAGGCGCGGUGUCUCCUGGAGGAGAAGGCCCUCCUGGACCAGGUGGACAUCCGCUUCGGCUGGUCCCUGGCCCUGGGCUGGAUGAGCUUCAUCGCUGAGCUGCUCACCGGGGUGGCCUUUAUGGGGGCGGCCCGCGUGCUCAGCCUGAGACAGAAGCAGGACCGGGCCAUAUGAGCCCAAUGCCUGGUCUGGUGGGAGGCAGGGCCCUGGUCUCAAAGGCUACCGCUAUGGGCUGAGCUCCGGGCUUGGCUCUCAUGUCCUUGCCUGGUGUGGUGUCUGUGUGUCCGUGCACGCGUGUGUCCGUAUGGGCUGGAGGAGGCCUUGGGAAUGCAGAACCCACCUCACCUGAAACAACAAAACAGCCCCUCGACCAUAGCCAGCACUUUCUGGAUUGCAGCCCCUGUGGGCCUCCUCUUGCUUCAUUGCAGUGCUCACCCCCAGUCAUUGCAUCAGCUCCCCUUCUUUGCCGAGGACAUGGAAGAUCAGAGAGGUUAGGUAAGCUGCGCAAAAGUGCACAGCGAGCUGGUGGUCUAUUCCUUGCUCCAAGAACAGUGCUCAGUCCCUUACCACAGUUUUCCUGAGCAGGUUCAAUGGACUGGCUGCAGCAUGAUUGCUGUGGUGGGGGGGCUGCUGCACCCCAGACUCUGGGCCUCAGACCGCAUAAGACCUGGAGCCCCCGCCUAGGGCGCAGUGUGAAACGGGGUGGCGAGAGCAGAAAUCUGGGCUACUCACCAACCGGGCGGUGCAAAUGUCCCCCUCCCCCCCAACCUCAGCGAGGUGCACGCUCAUCCCGUCCACAUCCCCAGAGCUCGACCGGCCGGGCUGACUCGGAGCGAUGAUUCUCAGUGACCAGGGGCUCAGUACUGCAACAUAAAGUAGUCAUCCCGGACAUGGAAGCCCCUCCGAGCUUUCUGGUGGUUGGCGUGCUGGUCCCCUUAUUGUGUCACUUCAGAGACCACGGGGAGAGCCGUCGGCAAGCCCACCACCAGCAGGAAGAGCAAUCAGCAAGCUUGAAACUCAUAAGAAGGAAUCAUCAGCAGAUUCGCCCAAGGAGGGAAGAAGGAUCAGCAGACUCACAACCAGUAGGGAAGAAUAUCCUCAAACACACGGUAGUCACUCCUGGACCCAAGUGCCACCUGUGAGCCCUUGUCAAGUCACACACACCCGUCGUAGAGUAGUUUCCCCAUGAAUGUGUUGACUGAGCCUGCUUCCCUAGCCUCAAGUCCAAGACUGGCGAGAUUCAGACAGCUGGGAAAGCAAGAGGAGGAGGGUCCUGUAUCCCCUGAGGAAGACCGAUUAGCAGAUCCCAACCCUCAGCGGAAUUUAAAAAUUGUGCAGGGGCCACGUUGGGCCAAUGACAUCAUAGUCUCUCAGAGUGGGAUCUGAGCAUGGCUAGCAUUUGAACAAAUCUUAGGGUAGAGAGUGGCCUGGCAUUUGGUUUACCCCAGUGCACCUCCGACUUUUAUGGGGAUCUUGUGAAAAUGCAGGUUCUGAUUCAAGAAGGAGGUGGAGGUGGGGCCUGCAGUUCUGCAUUUCUAACAAGCCUCCGGUAAGGAGGUUUUGUGAAGUCGCUUGCACGCUCACACACACAAUGCACACACAUGCACAAGCACACACAGGGUCUUCUGUCCUUCAUGGGGCAGCGUUUUUAGGUUCCUUCUGCACCAGCAAAGGAGGUGUGGAGUCCGUCAUGGGCUGAGUCCUGGUGACACCAUUAGCUGCGUGGCCUCAGUGGGUCUGGGUGGGGGACAGCACCCACCUCCUUGGCCCUUUGGCAUUGAGUGUUCUCCAGGGAAGCCUGGCUCCUUUUGGGCAAACAUACGUCUGGGUGUGACGUGGGCUUUUCUCAGUAUAUAUGGUGGGGAUGGGUCCAGGAUACGAAGUGAAAGAUCCUCACGGAGCUCGCUGAUGGGGUGAUCUUCAGGGACUAAUUGGAACCCCUGCUCCCUCCCCCAGAAAAUUCCAUCCCUCCUUUCGUCCUCGUGUUCUAGCCCACGGGAAUGGGAGUGUCCAAAGUGGCUGCACAUCCAAAUCCCCUGGGGUGGUGCCUCUCACGCUUCGGUGUGCCCAGACUCUUCGGGGUGUCCCAACCCUCCUGGCGGGGGGUGGUCCCCAGGGGCUCUCUGAGUCAGCAGGUCCAGGUGGGGCCCGAGAUUUCACAGGUCUGACCAGCUCGCAGGUGAUGUGGGUGUUUCUGAUCUGGGGCCCUGUCCUUUGUGACCCUGAGCUGGGGUAUUUGCUAAGUGACAGGGGUGGUGGUCACCUUGCUGCACGUUAGAAUCACCUGGGCAUCUUUUAAAAACCCCAAUGCCUGGGCUGAAUCCUUGCUCUGAUUGUACCUCGGGGUGGAGUUGAUAGUGUUUAAAGACCUCUCUGGAUGAUUCCAAGGUACAGCUGAGGUUUUCAACUUGUUCCUGCAGGAUUCAGAGUCAUGAGAUGUGAGGAAGGCCUGGGGAGCCUUAGGUUUAAGAAAAUCCCCCAGGAAGUGCCACUGGCUUAGCAGGUUUGCGGACCAUUGGCAUGGAUCAUAAGGUGACAGCACCAUUAGCAACAUCAUGACGUCACUGUCCUCACCAUGACACCAUCACCCUUACCGUGACAUCACGAUGACCUCCUCCUCCUCCUCACCAUGGCUGAUGCUCACUGAGUACUUAUUACACAUCCGCACUGUUCUACCUGCCAUCAGUCACUCAGUCACUCAACAAACACUUGGGGAGUCAUUGCAUGCUAGGACCUAGCAAGCCCUUGCUCUCAGAGCUGCCACAUGAUUGAGGACAGGCAUGCAAAACAUAUGGUCAGUGGUGAGGACUAUGGAGAGAAGCGAGGCAGGGUACAGAUGAGGAAACUGAGGCACAGACAGGCUAAAUUAACUGGCCCGAGGAAAGGAGAGAAAGGGCUACACCUGGGAUGCAAAUUCAGAUCUGCCUGAUUCCAGGAUUUCCUUUCCAUUCCUACCAGCCAGGCAGCUCUCUGUCCGCCGGUGGGUUCAGGACAUUGCUGCCACUUCCUGUCCGUCUAGUCUGUAAAAGUGCAAACUGAGCGGAUUGCUCACAAGGCCCUAUGGGGAGGGGGGCGAGAGCAGAGUUACAAAAUCAAUUACACAAGUCAGGGAGAGAAAUGAAAGUUUUCGCAAAGUGAGGGCAACCCCGCUAGUGAGAGAGUGGUCUCUGCUGCCACCUGCUGGUCAUAUGGUGGAACUGCAUCAGAGGCAAGCCCUGGUUCUCAAAGGCGUCCAAGGACGUCCGUUUUCAGCCCUCUGGGGUGUCCCGCUACGGGUCUGACCCUGCAGGGCAGCGGCUCUCAGCUGGGGCGAUUCUCCAUCCCCUCCCCACCUGGGACAUUGACGAUGUCUAGAGACGUUUUUGGUUGUCACAGCUCGUGGUGGGUGCUCCUGCAUCCGGAGGGCAGAGGCCAGUGCAUGGGAUGGCCCCCAGGACGGAGAAUUGAUCUAGUUCCACCCGUGAAUCAUGCCAAGCUUGAGAAACCCUGCUAGAGGCACAGAAACAAAUUAUAAAAGAGAGCACGUGUGCAUUCAAGGAACUAAGGACAUAGUGGAAAUAAUCUCAUUCAUUUGAUAAACAUUUACCAAAUA